AUGUCAAACCCUGGGAAACCUCAUUGGGAUGCCUUGAAAUACUUGUUUAGAUAUAUAAAUGGUUCUGUUGACAUUGGUUUGUGUUAUAAAAGAAGAUAUGAUAAUCUUUAUCUUGUGGGGUAUGUAGAUUCAGAUUUUGCAGGUGAUAAAGACUCCAGGAAAUCCACUACAACUUACUUUUUCACAUUGGGAGGUAAUUGCAUCAGUUGGAAGUCACAAUUGCAGCCUCUAGUUGCAUUGUCUUCCACUGAGACAGAAUACAUGGCAAUCACUGAUGCCUUUAAAGAAGCCAUAUGGCUUCAAGGCCUCCUGAGGGAAAUCAAUUUGCUUCAAAGCAAAGUGGUGGUGUUCUCAGACAGUCAAAGUGCUAUCCACCUCUGUAAAAAUCCGGUAUCUACCGAGGAAAAUCCAACUGAUGUGGGAACCAAGAUUUUGACCGCAGCCAAGUUCAAGCUUUGCUUGAGUUUGCUGCACAAUGAUGUUGGUUAA